GCCACAUUCGAUCCUUCCAGCCACCACAACGCCUUGUCCAUCUCCAUCACUUCUUACAAGGACUCUUCACAAUUACUUCUUCACAUACUUGCGCAUUUCCAUUUGUUCGCCACAACUUUCGAAACAGACUUCCAUUGUGAUAUUAUGAGUCGUAUCCUCACAAAGAGCCGCUUUGCAUAAGGAUUUGGUCUUUUGAGGGCGUAAUAAAAGAGCCAGUGGCACAAUAUGAAUGUCCUUUGGGCCUCGACAACCUCUCUACAUCAUUUCUCUGGCCACUCAGAAUCAACUUCAGAACUUUCUAAUUCACCCCGGUGAACAUGGCGAACGGUAUAGUGCAGGAAUACCAAUCGAGCGCGAGCAAUGCCGAAGCCACGCAGGCCCCGACGUUCAGCUUUGCAUCUAGAAUCCAGCGUGAAAUCGAGGCCAACGGCAUUCAGCGCCCAAAAGGCUACAAAGUGUCAUGGCACUACAACCCAGACGUCGAAAAGUACCACUUUGGUCAAAAUCACCCGAUGAAGCCAUGGCGCCUGACACUGACCAAAUCACUCAUCCUCUCAUACGGCAUGCACACCGCCAUGGACGCCUACGUGCCCCGGGCCGCGACCAAAGAAGAGAUCGCCGAAUUCCAUAAGGACGAAUACGUCGAUUUUCUCAGCGUCGCCACCCCACAAAAUAUCUACGAGAUGUAUCCCGAACUUGCAACGGGACCACAAGGCUACUCAUCCGCUAUCUUCGGCGUGGGCGAGGAUUGUCCCAUCUUCGACGGCCUCUUCGCCUUCUGCUCCACCUACGCCGGCGCAUCCGUCGACGCCGCCCGCAAGCUCUGCAACAAACAGUCCGACAUCGCCAUCAACUGGAGCGGCGGUCUCCAUCACGCGAAAAAGGCCGAAGCCUCAGGCUUUUGCUACGUCAACGACAUUGUCCUCGCGAUCCUGCAGCUCCUCCGGCACCACCCGCGCGUCCUGUACAUCGACAUUGACGUGCACCACGGUGACGGUGUUGAACAAGCGUUCUGGUCCACUGACCGGGUCAUGUGCGUGUCUUUCCAUAAGUAUGAUAGGGAUCAAUUCUUCCCGGGCACCGGACCCCUGGACUCGACGGGCCCGGUCCACCCAGACAAUCCAGGAAAGAACUACACGAUCAACGUGCCUCUGAACGACGGCAUCGACGACGAAGGCUACGCAUAUCUUUUCCAGAACGUCAUCGAGCCGGCCAUCAAAAUCUACAACCCGACCGCGAUCGUCCUGCAGUGCGGAGCCGACAGCCUCGGCCACGACCGUCUGGGAUGUUUUAACCUCAACAUCCGCGGUCACGGCAGCUGCGUCAGCUUUGUCAAAAGCUUCGGUGUUCCAUUGCUUGUUGUCGGCGGCGGAGGCUACACGCCCCGCAACGUCGCGAGGGCGUGGGCCCACGAGACAUCAAUCCUUAUCGGCGCCGACAAGACGCUGGACCCGGCCCUGCCAGAGUUCAUGCCGCACCGCGAAGCCUUUCGGCGUGAGGGCUUCACAUUGUUUCCUAAUCUGAGCGGUUGGCGGAGGGAAAAUGGCAAUACCAAAGCCCACAUUGACGGUAUCAUUCGCCAUGUCCGCGAGCAGCUGAACUACAUCCAGAGCGCGCCCUCGGUCCAGAUGCAACACAUCCCGCCCGACAUUCAAGGAUGGCGAGAAGAAGUUGAGGAGGAACUGAAAGCCAAACGCAUAGAAAGAGACGAGGUCAAGGAGGAGAAGGAUGGCGCCGGUGGAUUGAUGGCCAAGGCCAGCCGGAGGAGAGAGUUGGAGCGGAAUGGACCCUCGAGCGGAAAUACGUUUCUUGCUUGAAGGUUUUUGUAUUCAUUGUGCGUUGGGUGCUUUCCCCACCUAACAUGAUGCAUUGAUGACUUGCUCUUGAAUAGCGCCUCAAAAUGAUCAGCUCAUUGCUGCCCAGAUGUGUCAUAGGAGUGCGUCCUUGACAUCUAACGUCCAGAUCCUUCUUCCUUCUGCACCUCGCCGAUAUUAUGGUACCACUCAUCGAAGUACGGGCAGGUGACGACAUUGACGGGCCCCCCAUCGCCACAUAUGUCGAAGACGGGACAGCGCAUGCAUGGCACGCUCGAUCCACCAUUGCCGAUAUCCUCCAGUUCUUGCUGUCUGUAAGCGGCC